AUGAAAAAAUCAAUAACCAAUCAUACAAUGAUAAUCAAUAAUCAUAAUUAUAAUGGUUAUUGGUUUAAUAAAGGUAUAGAAUAUCAUUUAUGUACUCAAUCUAUAAUAAAAAAUUAUAAUUAUUUAUUAUUUAUUAAAAAUCAAUAUAAAGAUUGUGAUAAAUUAUCAAUACAAUUAUUAAUCAAUAAUCAAAUUGAUUUAAUCAAUAAACAUAAUAAUCAAUUAAAUUAUGAAUUAUUAAUGAAAAAAAUUAUAUGUAUAUUACAAAAAAUUAAUUGUCCUAUUAAUGAGAAAUCAUUUCAAGUAAGUUAA